AUGGAGGAGGGUCCCCAAUUAACACCCGUCGGGGAGAAAACCCUUCCAGCAAAAUGCAAAGCCGAUGCCGUGUCCUACUGUCCAACAAUGGACCUGAUCGCGCUAGCGACCGAGGACGAAGAACUACGCGUCUUCCGCUUGAACGGGCAGCGCGUAUUCGGCGGCUCAUUUGGUGGCGAUCCAUAUCUUGGCGAAGAUGAGGAAGAUGGGGAGAUUCGUGGGAUGGCGUGGAAGGGCAAUGGUCGUCUGCUCGCUGUCGCAUGCGGAGACAAUACUCUCCGUCUCAUCAGUUCAUACAGUGGCAAGACAGUGCACCACUAUGACACAUACAAGUCCACUGGCGAAGGAGCACAGGACUUAGUCUCACAGGGAAAGCCCGUCCCAAAGACAACGUGUUUAGGCUGGGGUAUGAAUUUCACAGAUAGCAAAGCCGCCCAGAGACAUCUCCACGAAUCAGCGGGCCAAAUCAGCGUCGACGACCUGCUCGCGCCAGGGAUUCAUCCUUCCAAAGCGGCAGCUGUUCUCAAAGCCGAUUUACCGCGCGAGCUUGCGCUUCUGGAUGUUGAGAGUUCGUUGCCGAAGUUGAGCACGCUUCCUGCUACGGGUGGUGAGGACGAUGUUUUUAGUUCGAGGGCUUCGCUUGAUGCUAUUUUUCAUUCUGGGAGGGAUACUAAUGAUUCAGUGGAUGUUCUCUCGGUUGGGUUUGAUGAUGGGAGUGUUCACCUCAGGAUCUUUGAUUGUUUUGAGAUUGGGUCGUUUCUUGUUGGGCGGAUGCCUGGCGUUGCGGGUUCUUGUUCGGUUUUAAGACAUGCUUCUCAUCCGCUGAGCUCGACUCAUGCUUUGUUGACUUCGGCUGCUCAUGAUUGUGGCAGUGAAGGGAGGACUCUUGAGCUUGUAACGUUGGAUCUGCGUUUCAUUACGAAGUCCGGGAGGUACUUGUCUCUGCUCGCUUCGAAGACUACCCAGCUUCAGAAUUUGUUGCGAUAUAUUGGGCAGGUGCAGCGGCAGAUUGAGCUGGAGUGGAAGAAUGCGCAGGAACUUCCUGCAAGAUUCUUGCGCAGUGUAAACGAGGACUUACAAGAGAAGUGUCAGUGUGAUUUUAUCACUGCUAUCUAUCAUCUUGUUGUUACUGGUCAUUGCUAUGAGCCAAUGAAGGAGUUCCUCGUUGAUAUUGUUGGGGAGCGGGGACACAAGCGAUGGGACAAGGCCGUUGGAGGCGGUUACGAGAAUAUCCGUCGGUUGACGCACGAGUGUCUUCUGCCCGCCCUUGAACGCAGCCAAGUACUUCUCAGCCGACUGGUAGGACUGUCUAAAUUCCACAAGCUUAGCGAUGUCCUCGGACUGGACACGUCUAAGCUAAACGCCAUCGUGGAAACGCUCGACUGCCUCCAUCUUCUCGCUCACCGAAUCCUCAUACACGCAAAUGACGAACUGAAUCAAUUCGGUGCUUUCUCUACAUGGCUCCGACACGAAAUAAACAUACUUAAUAGCGAGCCUCUAUCGCAGACCCUGGAAGAGUUGCAAGAUAAAAGGGAUCUAUUCGAAGUCCCUCCCACUGUCAAAUACAUCACUGGUGCAUUGACAAAAAGUGCUCUGCGUGGCUCCAUCCGCCAACUCCCCAUGAUGGGUCCUCCUCCCCCACCAUCUGAUAAGUGGCUUCCUCUGCCAGACGGCCAUGAUAGUUCCUUUUACGAGGAGUUCAAGUCUCUCCUCCAGCAGCAGCGAGGGAUCCAGGAAAAGGGCGGUGAUGGUUCUUCGAUUGAUGCACCUAAACUCAACGAUCUAACCCGGCGUUUGGGUAUUCAGUUCGAGAAGGUCUUUGGGGAGAUUGCUUUGACCCAACGGAGAGGCAUUCUUCAUCGUUCGCCUCUCACACUUCACCCCGACUGCGACCAGGAAGUUAUUGACCUCACUGUCUGUUGCGAAGACCUCGAGGAGGGCCAUCCAUGUUCUAUCUACGUUGCAACCAGGUCUACAACAUCAAAGUAUCAAGCCCACAUCUACCGAGUUGUCCUCGAUUCCGUCGGUGGCGUUAGCUCAACAAGAAGCACAUCAAUCGCAACUCUGAACCUAGAAGAAGGAACCAUUCGUCAACUUCAAUUCGUCGCUGAUCACACCCUAAUGAUUCUUUGGACAAAUAGCAAAGGAUCCUCCCAUCUCCUCAACUUCCCCUUCCAAUCCAUAUCUGCACACCAAACCCCACCACCCUUAAUUCUCAACUACGUACAGUGUGAAGCCAUACCGUCAUCCCCGAAACCCUCUGCGCCACCUACGAACCUCGAUCUAUCGGACUCGUCACCUCAUGCAGAGGUACUGAAACAUGUUUUUGCUUCCAGCGGACCGAAGGCGAAACCCGUUCAUGUUGAUGUAAAUGGAAGGAAAGGGAGACGUGCUGUCUGUGCUUUGUAUGGUGAUGCUAUGCGGUAUGAGGUUCUGGAUUUGGAUGCUGCUAUUGAUGAGGAAGAGGUGGAUGAAGAGGGGGAAGAGAUGGGCAGCGAAGAAGAGGAAGAAGCUGACACUGAGAAUUAG